AUGUCAGAUUACGGGUUCAUUGAUAAUCAUAGAGAAUUGAAACGACUUCUGUCUAACUUGGACGUUGACUCGAAGAACUGUGAGCAUUCAGUGAGAUACAAAAGAGGGGAGAUAACCAAUGACUUACUAAAGUCCUUUACUGGACAUACCAUUGAUUUAGACGAGCUUAGUGCCACUGAAACCGACUCCUUUCAAUAUGGAGAUGAUGUCAUAUUUCUUCUGGAGGCUUUCAAUGAAGGGGAUUGUUACGUCUGUGAUGCUAAAUCAGAUAGGAUAACGGCACGGGUAAACAAAAAAGGGGAGAAAACUCAGACAUUCUCCAUCAAUCCUUAUGAUACUUGUGUGUGCGAAACUGGUGAUGUCUACUUUACGAACUAUGAGAACAACUCUAUCGCCCGUCUUUCGACAACAAGGAGCUAUAUGAACCUACUUUCAUAUUCGGGAUCCUUUACAACCGUCAUCUGCACGGAUCCACUGACACCACUGGGGAUUUGUCAAUCACUGGACGGUGGCCUGCUGGUCACGCUGAUAGACAUGGAAUCGGAGGACUUCAAAUUGGAAGCAACCAGUAGACGCCUUUUGAGACAUAUAGCUCUUAACGGUGAUAUCAUCAAAGAGUACAAAUAUCUUGAAGACAAGCAAACCAGGUUGUUUAUACAGCCAGUCAGAGUUGUACAGAACAAAAACAGUCAGAUUUGUGUUGUCAACCGAACAAGUGGAAAAACAGGUGAGCUAGUGGUCAUUUCUCCCUCCGGUCGUCCGAUGUUUAUUUACUGUGGUCAGGACUUGAUCCAUGGAUUUAAUCCAAAUGAUGUCGUGUGUGAUUCCCUCUGUAACAUCAUUGUUGCAGACGCGGGAAAUCAUCUCAUUCAUUUGCUGAGUCCUGACGGGGAUUUCUUGAAGUAUUUACUAACAGAUAAUGAAGUAAAGACACCGACCUCAUUGUCAUUGAGCAAGCGCACUCUGUGGGUUGGGAAUGAGCAUGGACUCGUCAAAGUGUUCAAAUACAUGGCGUAA